UAUUCAUUAUAUUCUAUACACAUAUCCAUUGAAUAUUAUUUAACAACACAAAAACAUUGAAAUAUGGCAACUCUCUAUGAAGACCCUACACGUACCGAGCCCCUGGUGAUCAGUGGCUAUAGUAUUGGUAUGAAAAUGAUGCCUGAAAAGUGGAAUUUCUCCGAUCCUGUGUUUGUGCGUCACGUCCUUUGCCUGAUGAUAGUAAUUCAUGGCAUUUUUCAUGCCAUACUCUGCUGUUGCCAGUUGAGGCUGGUGGAAAAGAGCACAGAACCGCCGCCUCAAAUGGAGGGCAUUAUGUCGCUAGAUGAUUUUAAGGAUUCCAAGGACAAGCAGCUGCAUCGUGUGCAGCUGGCAUUAUUUAAUGUAUGCGCCGACACCAUAUACAGUUGCCUGGAUCUGUACCUUUGCACCUUGGCCAUCAUUUGGAAGUUGACUGUGGAGUGGUAUCGCUUUGCCACUGAUAUUUGGCUUAAUGUUGUCUUUAUGACAAUAUUCACCACAUAUCUGGUCAUACGUAGGCUGCCCUCCAUGUUCUAUGAAAAGUUGAUCUUGGAUCCCAAAUAUAAUGUUGAUCCCAAAAAGUCUUGGCCCUUGAUGGGCGUGAUGUGUUCCCUGGCCUUCUUUGUGGUUUUCAUGCAGAUUGGCGUCAUUCCUUUGACUGCCAUUUGUAUGACCUUGGCAAAACUAAAAGUCUGGUAUUUUGUUUUGGUCUGUUGGCUUUUUCUGCUGGCUGUUGACUUUAUCCUUCACCUCGCCACCGGGAUCUUUGGUGUCCCCUGCCUGGGCAAGAGCCGACUCUUGAAGGAGUCGGAAAUGAGUAAACAACUUAGUGUGGUGCUGCAAACCUUCAAGUAUCCGGGUCGUGUCUAUUUAGUGCACACUUAUUAUUUGGGAAGACCCACGGCCUUGGUUUUGGGUGCCUGCUGUUGCCGCCGCCUGGCUAUCCAUGAUAACCUAAUGCUGAACAGGAAUGUAGGAACGGAUGAUCUGCCCUCGACUCAAGUGGGUGCUGGUCUGAAUGAUGUACAACUGGCUGCCUUUGUGGCCCAUCAAUUGGCCCACUGGCGGCUGUGGCAUAUACCCAAAAGCUUGUUGAUCUUCCAUUUGACUCUGUUGACUUACCUGGUGAUUUUUGGUUUUUCCUACAACUGGCAGACCAUGUACUUGGCGGCGGGCUUCACCAGGGUCUAUCCAUAUGUCGUGGGCUACUGGCUGGUGUACAAGUAUCUGAUGACACUCUACCGCACGGGUUGCAUCUGGAUAGUUUACUAUUUCCUAAGGCAUUUUGAGUACACCGCCGAUAGAUAUUGUUAUAGGCUGGGCGUGGCUACCUCCAUGAAAGCCGCUUUGCUAAAGCUCUUUGCCGACCAUCGUGUGUUCCCGUAUGUCCAUCUUGGCUACCUCAUGUGGUACCGUCACAAGCCGUCCAUUCUGCAGCGGAUUCGGAAUAUUCAAAAACUGGAAAAUAAAGAUGAAGACAGUUAUCGUGUAUCUAUUAUAUGAAUUAAAUUUUAAAAAUUAUAAAUAAAUAAAUAUUUCUAUUUAAGAUUUAUAGAAAUCAAAUCCAAAAGA